CAAAAUUUCAAACAGUAAACCACUAAAAUAAUGCAAAAUAAAUCUAAAGAAGAAAGACCUCCAAUACCAAAUACUUGGGGAAGCGAAAACGCAUUGCCCACACAAUCUUACGAAUUAAUGGACGAAGAUGUUCGGACUUUCAUGAUUCACGAGGUAAAGAUAAAUCAUCAAAGUCCUUCUUCUAACUCCUCGAAAGAUUUGUCCCCAAUGGAGGAAUAUCUCCAAAUGACGAAACGUUUGAUAGAAAGCAAUUCCUUGUCGCCUCAUAACACCACAAUACUUAAACAACUUUACGCUCGAUACAAAUCCAUGAAAAAUCACGGUCAAGCAACUUGGGACCCAAGUUCUGAUAGCGAGACGUCGGUCAACGUAAAGCCGUUCAGUCAGGAUAACGAAAAGAAAAUUGGCCACAGUUUCGAAACAGAUAAAUCGUUGAUGCAGAAGUUGGCGUAUCCAAAGAAGGAUGCAACUGCUGAGUGCAAGGUUUCUUAUCGUGGAGGAGAAGAAAAGCCAUCAACAUCUAAAGAGCAAGGGCAGCUGGAAACAUUACCGAUAAAUUCGAUGUCAUCCGACAAAUUGAAUGAAAGGAAAAAGGGUAAAAUAUCCAUGGAGGAAGUCGAAUUGCGUUGGAUCGCAUUACAGACAGUUGAUGACGCAAAUUUUGAAGCUACCUGCGAUCCAGAACGGUUCGAAAUCGAUAAUACCUUUUCUGAUUUUUCGUUGGAUAACGUGGAUCACGAGAAAAUGCUGAAGAGAUGUAUCAGUCAGUGGAUUUUAAAGAAUAAGGUGCAACUAGUUCCUGGCAAUUCCGGAAGCAACUCAUAUGCUAAAGAUCCUCGAAAUACUAAGACAAAAGAUUCUAAUGAAAUCCUCGAGAAGGAACCUAAAAAAGAGGGACGUUUGAAUAAAAUGCUGAAAAAUAUCAGAAUUGCAAAAUAAGUGACAGCAAAAGAUCCGAUUUUUUUUUUUGUGAUAUGUCAUUAAAAUUGGAUCGUGUAUACGAAUUUGAAUUUACGUCAUUGCAAAUCUCUUCAAGGUUAGCAGUGUCACAC